AUGCAAGAAGAGACAACUAAUAGGAAGAAGAAGUGCGAUCUACGAAAGCCAAAAUGUGACAAUUGCAGCCAUCUGGGACUUGAAUGCGCAGGGUAUAAACAACGCGUUCUGUGGGAGGACGAUCCGGUGAGACACGGCAUCAAGCGACGGGGACCACGAAAGUCACAGCAACGGCGGUCAGAGUUCACUAGCGCUAUCAGCCAUGCCCACAAGUCGUGCAUUGACGAAAUUUAUGCCUCUGUCGAGGGCUCAACAUGCGAUCGUAAUUAUCUUGCCCGCACUCUAACCACGGAACCACAACAUGAGGACUUUCACACAUUGUUCGAUACCCUUGAGACAGAUUUACCGUAUUCGGUCUCGAGUCCAGAUACCUUUGAAUCAUUCACGAUAUCAGUCCCAUCUCGCAUAGAGACCUCCUGCACGACUGACCUGCCUGUGGUGGUCGCCCCUCCGAAGUUGUUCAAGUCACCCAAUAACAACGUGUUGUCUCCGGUGGAACAUUUGCUUUGGGACUACUAUGUCAAUGUCUUUUCAAGGUCGUAUCCCACCUGCUCAGACGCCAACAAUCCUUUCCUCUCCUGCCUCAUUCCUAUUGCAUUCCAAUAUCCCCCAGUCCGUCAAAUAUUACUUGCCUUGGCUGCACUACAAGCCAAACAUGUAUUUUACGGAACGAUCGAACAGGAGAUGCAUCGACUGCGACGGAAUGCUCUUGAAGCUUGCCAGAACGUUUCGCAGAGUGCAAGUGGAUCACAGUUGUUGGCCGGUGAUACUCAGUUCCCAAAUACAAACACGCAUUUCGGGUUUUCUGGGGCUAUGCUGUUGCUAGGCAGGAGUGAAAAGCUGUUUUUAGUUACCAUUGCAGCUCUUAUGAUUCUCUUUGCUAAGCUUUCAGGCGCACCCUACGAGUCGAUUAGAUCUCAUAUGGAUUUCGCGCGGGAGUACUUUGUCUUCGAAGAAACGUUUGGAUCGGACCUUAAGUCGAUAUCACAGACGCCGCUGUAUGUGUUUCUGCAUAGUCUCGUCAGCUAUAAUGAAAUGCUGGUGCGCUUGGUGAUGAGGAAGCCUUUAUUAGAGACAGGAAAAAUGCCGCUACGCGUCCAGCCAUCUUCCGAUCAAUCCACACGUCCGCAGAAAACAUUCCUCACCUUGCUCUCGCGGACUAUCGAGAUGGUUGAGGAAGUCUCUUUUGCGGAAUUCGAUGAGUGGGACGGAAAUCUCGACUUCAUUCCUAGCUAUAGUAUGAAUUCCGGCCGGUCAGACUCAUCGCCUCUCCCGCAACCUAUGAACGAAUAUCCUGACCUGGAUGAAGAUUUUACUAUUCAAGAAAUCUAUCGUGCAGCUGGAAGAAUUUACUAUCUCCAACAAGUCAGAGAUCGCUGGUCAGGUCCUUACGCUUCAACGACUGUUGGGGUUCCACCUCGAGCUGCCCAAAACCAGAUUGAUACCCUCGCAUCACAUGCAAUGGACCUUCUCCGAACGCUAGCUGAAAACACUCGCUAUAACACCGCACUACUUCUGCCUUUAGGGAUUAUUGGCCCUGAGCUUAGGAGUUCAUCAAACCGAGCCUUCCUACUUUCUAAAUUGGAUUCACUACAUCAGACUCUGUAUUUUGACCAUUACAGCGCCUUUAGUAGGGAUCUAAUUCUAUCCUGGGCUAAAGUAGAUGCAGAAGAGCGGCCAAAUUAUCCUCUAUCAUCACAGAACUGGCUACGGAAUAGAUCAGUCCUCCUUAUAGGAUGA